AUGUGGAGGAAGCUCAGGCGAGGAUCUCUUCUUUUGUCCAAGAUAGACAACAUGGCUCCAUCGCAAGCCAUAGCAGAGGAACGAGCCGUCGAUUCAACGAGCGACAUUGUACACAAAUCCCCGAAGCGCAAAUGGGUCAGUUAUAUCUGGGACACAUUCGAUAAGUCGCCCGAGGAGCGGAAGUUGAUGUUUAAAUUGGAUUCGGCAAUUUUGACAUUCGCGUCUCUUGGAUACUUUAUCAAAUAUCUGGAUCAGAUCAAUAUUAACAAUGCCUUCGUGUCUGGGAUGAAAGAGGAUCUAGGCAUGUACGGCAACGAGCUCAACUAUAUGCAGGCUUGCUGGACGGUGGGCUAUGUUAUUGGGGAAAUUCCGAGCAAUAUCCUUCUUACGAGGAUUAGACCUAGAUAUUGGCUUCCAGCUAUGGAGUUGCUCUGGACUGUGUUAACCUUCGCGUCGUCUCGAUGUAAUACUGCGACUCAGUUUUACGUUCUGAGGUUCUUUAUCGGCCUCGCGGAAAGUACCUUCUACCCCGGCAUGCAGUAUCUGAUCGGCUCGUGGUACCGGAAAGACGAACUAGCGAAGCGAUCAUGUAUCUUUCAUACCAGCAGUGGUAUUGCGAGUAUGUUUUCGGGGUAUUUGAUGGCUGCGGUAUAUAAUCUCGAGGGACGGGGCGGGUUUAGAGGAUGGCAAUGGUUGUUUAUUGUGGAUGGUAUCAUCUCGCUCCCGAUUGCAUUGAGUGGCUUUUUUAUUCUGCCUGAUGUGCCUGAGAUCUCGAAUCCGUGGUAUUUGACCAAGGAGGAAGUGGCGCUAUCGCAGAAGCGAAUGCAGCUUGAAGGACGCAAGAAUAGGGAGCCGUAUACUAAAAGCAAGCUGAAGAAGAUCUUCACAUCAUGGCAUAUUUAUCUGCUUACUGUGCUGUAUAUAACAUUCAACAACGGUGCCGCUGGAUCUCAACCCGUCUUCCAACAGUGGCUCAAAAGCUCGACGGACCCCAAAUACUCCGUCGGCCAGAUCAACGCCUACCCAACGACCACAGGCGCAGUCCAGGUCGUGACUACGCUUGCCUACGCCUGGUCCUCCGACACAUUCCUCAACGGAAGACGCUGGCCGCCCAUCAUCUUCGGAGCGAUCAUAAACAUAAUCUGCUACGUCUCCCUCGCAGUCUGGGACAUUCCCAACGGCUGGAAAUGGACCUGCUACAUCCUUGCCGGUGCAGGGUACGGUUUAAGUGGACUUUGCAUGGCCUGGGCCCACGAAAUCUGCUCCGAUGACAACGAAGAACGAUCCCUGGUAAUCGGCAGCAUGAACGAAAUGGCCUACGUGUUCCAGGCGUGGUUACCCCAGGUCGUGUGGCAGCAGGUGGAUGCGCCGCAGUAUCGGAAGGGCUUUAUCGCUGUUUCUAUUCUGUCGGUUAUAUUGAUUGGCACGGCGUCGUGGAUUAGGGUGCUGCACUUGAAGGAGAAGAGGGUUAAGUGA